AUGGCCAACGACGAUGCAUACACUCACGAUGCUCACGAUAUACGACCCGAUGACAGCAUCAGCCGUCGAGGAGACCAGGCCAGCGUCAGAAGCGUCGGUAUGAAGUCGACGGCCUCUUCGUCUGACGAUGGCCCAGCAGACUCGCACAUAUCGCAUUCGACCUACAAGAAUGAGCGACCCAUGACUCCACCCUCCCGGCCGACGUCGAUAUUCUCGUCUCAACCACAGACGCCAGCCACCGUCUCUGGCAACAAGGAAAGAGUGAGGUACAGUUGGCAGUCGAUACACGAGGAUGAGCCCAACAGGCCACGCAUACACAUAGUCAAGAUUGUCUCGAACACCGCGACAGCGUCGGCAGCCUCUCCCCAGGGUGAAGCCUUGGCCUUUUCGCUGUCGCCUGCUGGAAAGAGGAUCGCUGCAUACAAUUCGGCCAGGCUGUUCAUUUUCCAGACUGCUGCUUUGCCCGUCAACGUGUCGCAUGAAUAUGCUUUGCGAAGGCGACCACUGGCUGUCGAAAUCUGUGACGAGGCCAAUGUGCUUGCUGUUCUGGUCGACGAGCACACGGUCAACGUCUACGACUUGUCGCGCAACAAUGCUCGUCGCGUGAGGACCGUUCGCACCGACUUGCCAACAUCUACCAUCGCUUUGUCUUCUACUGGUGGCCUCCUCGCUGCGGCAUAUGAAGGAGGUGUCGAGGUCUUUUCUCUGGCUCCAAAUGCCCUCAUAACCGAUCGACGCGCUGUGAGGGCGCCAAAGAUGGACAGAUUGCUCUUUUCUCACGACGACUCGACUCUGCUUGGGACGACCACUCGCAUCUUUGUCUCUUCUACACUUGUCAUCUCCGUGCCAAUCUUUCCUCACAACUCUUUGGCUGAACCUUCUCACCAAGAACUGCAAGAAGCCUGGUGCACGGGUAUGCUGGAGCCGCAGAACAUCAAGAACAGCAGUCAUGCUACUUUUAUGCGUGAACAAGGAGCCAUGACCAACGAUAAGCUCUUUGCUUGGAAUGGGCUAGAAGAUACGUUUGGUGUUCUUGAUGCUCACGACAUGGUAUAUGGUCAAGUCGACUUUCCGGUAGCCAUAUCUCCUCCACUAUCUACUUGUGGAGGUUUGGGUGCUGCCAUUCACCACUGCCCCUCUAUCGACGAACAUGGAAAGAUUGUGGCCAUGAUUGUCAACGAUCGCACAAUUCGCUUGUAUCUGGUCCCUCAGGAGGCUGAAGAUGGUACCACGAAGACGGAAGCACACAGUAUCGACCACGAGUUGGAUGAAGAGUAUGGUUGUCCAUUUACUGAUCUUCGGUGGGUGCAUUCGCGUCUCAAUUUGCCGGCUUCUGCACAUUCGCCUCAUCAGAUUAGAGGCCGAUUGGUCGUUACAAGUCCUGGGUCCUUGGUUGAUCCAGAACAAGCAGAGAUGAGUGUUCAAGAUAUCGAGGGUGGCCGGAUCAUCCUAUUUGACUUUGAUCCGCAAUUUGCUGGUCAGCCUGGUCAGACUUUUGUCUUUCAUGUUGGCAAAGCACCUCCAGUGACACUCGAGGAAGAAGAAAUGGACGUUGCCGAUGAGAUUGCGUUGGUGCGACGGCGGACUGUGACCUCGACUCGUAGCAAUACACUCGGCAAGAAGACACCUUCGCUUGGCCGAGCUGCCACAACGGUGUCGCGACGCCAGGACACUUCUCCAUACCGAAAUGGAAGCCCGGCUGGCUCUAUACAGCAACUCUCUUUGAACACCUCACCGUGGAGAAAUCGUCGGGUCAGCUCUUCUGUGGUCUCUUUGUCUGCCAAUGCAACUCGAUCAUUACCCGAUCUACUCGAAGCAAGCGAGUUGGCUGCCGAGUCGCUUGAACAGCCCUAUACUCAAGGAGCACCUCGCUCGUACAUGUCGAUUGAGCGUGCAGCCACUGCCGCAAACGCACAUCGCUUCCAAGCUCUUGAAGAGCAUGGAGCCGAAUCAGAACAUCCAGGCGAUCUGCCAUUACCUGCCUAUACAGAGCAUCCAAAUCAACCACUACCAGGGAAAUAUCGCGCGCUUGCUGGCUUGGAUAUACCGACACAUGCACGCUUUGCACAGCAGAACAGUGCGCCUCCAUCCACAAUCCACACUGCACCUCCAACAAUCCCAGAGCAUCGAUUUCCUACUCCAACUUCGACUUUGUCUCCUGCAUAUGCUGUCCCCCAAACCACGCCCUCGUACACCACUUCUUCCAGUCCUAGUAGACCUACUCCCACUUCAGCUGCCAGAAGCGACUAUAGUCUCAGUCCUGUCACGACUAGAUCUGCGACACUGCGCACUCAGCCUUCUUGGGAGACAAUCAGUACAUCUGCCCACACUACCCCACACGGCCCUUNNCAACCCUACGCUCACAACCAAGUUGGGAAAGCGGACGAACGAUGA